UCCACUGCCUUCUUCAACCAGGCGUCCAUCUUGAGAGACGCUGGUCUGCGGUGGGGAAUUCCCGUUUGCUUUUGGGGCUUUGAAGUCGCUAAGAAGGGUGAACCAUGCUUAAAAAGGCCAACAGGAUUGAGCCUGACAGCCAGCAGGAAAGAAGUCUGAAAAAGCAUAAUCCAUGGAUCAUAUGCACCUGCAGCCGACAAUGCUAUAUCACCUUAAUUACUGGUUGCUACACCUGCAAGUGGCAAAUCAAGCAGGAGAAAAAAUCUAGACCUGGACCCUGCUGCUGCUCUUGGAAAGAGAAGAUAUUUUUCCCAUUUCUGAUUAUUUCAUUUCUCUUGUCUGUGGUUUUGCUGUUCGUGUGGAUAGAAACGUCAAAUGAAUACUUUGGCUUUGACUGGGUCAUUUUUCUAGGUACAGGAUACUGGUUCUUUUGGUCCAUUGUUUUGCUGAGUUUAUUUGGGAUCCUGAGUGCCUACUCUUCAUUGCUGGUGGUACUUGCAUUUUUGUUGGUUUGGGAAGGGUAUGAACUAUACCUGCACUGGUGUCAUAAGAUCCUGAUUCUGCUAAUGAUCCUGCUAUGCUCGUUUGUUUUGUGGAUUUUAUGCCAACUCUGGCAAGAGAGGUGGCUGACAGCUGGGCUGUCACUGCAGAUCUUUGCUCCCUAUAUGCACCUGAGUGGCAUAACUGUGAUGGUUAUCCUUUCCUGGCCUGUGGCCUUCUACUUGAUCCAUUUGGAAGAAGAAGUUAGAAUGAGAAGAUACAAGAUGACGUAUGACAGAGAAACAGCCAAGGGAUGUAACAUACUCACAAAGUUGAGAGCUCUACAGGUGGCUAUUGGAUUGCCUUUUUUCCUUAUCCUUUUAUGUCUGUAUAUUGUGCCAUUGGGGAUUCAUUCUCCCUGCAUUCAGGAGGAGGAUAAAUUGGGACCCAAACCAGACUUCUUUGGACAUAGAGGUGCGCCCAUGUUGGGGCCUGAGAAUACCAUGAUGUCCUUUGAGAAGGCUGUUGAACAAGGGGCCUAUGGGCUGGAGAGUGAUGUACAAUUAAGUUAUGAUCAGGUGCCUUUUCUCAUGCAUGACAAUGACCUGAGAAGAACAACCAAUAUUAGGAACGUCCAGCCAAAUGCCUCCAUCACACAUUCUAGCUUCUUCCUGUGGAGUUUCCUGUCGACUCUGAACGCAGGCAAAUGGUUUGUACAGUCACGGUUUAAACCAUUUUACCACAUGAAACCCCUAUCAAGGGCUGAUCGUGAAAAAGCAGAAAAUCAGAGGAUUCCAAAACUAACUGACUUAUUGGAACUUGCACAGAAGGAAAAAAAAUUUGUGAUAUUUGAUCUUAAUACCCCUCCACGAAAACAUCCUCUGAGACACACGUAUAUUCGCCAUGUAGUAAGCGUGAUCCUUGCCUCUAAAAUUGAGCAACAUCUGAUUUUUUGGUUGCCAAGUUUUGAUAGGCAGUAUGUCCAAAGCAGAGCUCCUGGUUUUCAGCAAGUGGGCCAGUUAUUUUCCAUUGAACGUCUUACAAAAGAAAAUAUCAGUAGAAUAAAUGUUGACUACAAGAGGUUGUUCUACAAAGGAUUGAAAGAUUAUAAAGCAGCUAACAUCAACAUCAAUUUAUAUAUCGUCAAUGAGCCUUGGCUCUACUCACUGGCCUGGUGCUCCAGGAUUCACUCAGUGACCACAGACAACAUUCAGACCCUGAGUCAGCUAAAUCACCCUUACUUCUUCAUGACACCAGGUUACUAUAUGUUCAUGUGGCUUCUCAUGGAUAGUGUUUCUGCAGUUCUCAUUUUUGCCAUAUUUUAUUUUCAUUGGUGGAGAGAGAGCAAAAAAGAAAUGUUCAAUAGCAGCAUUCACACAGAUCUUCGGAGUUUAAGCCUACAACAGAGGGAACAUGGGAGUCAGGACUCCACGAAUUUACCCAUUAAGCCUUCCUUCCGAGUUUUGGGAAAUCCUUGGGCUCUAUCAGCCUUCUACCCAGCUUUAACCAAGAGCACAAAGAAACAGCCAGGCUCUUGCCAUUUUUUAGUAGUCCCCAAGAAGAAAUCCAGUGAACCAGAGCAAGUCAAGGAAACCAUCAAACCACUGAGGCCUAGCAAGGAUGAUGUUAGACAACCAUCACCCACCAAGAAAACAUUUGAACCCACCUGGGAUGCUCCCAGAGAGGCUACCCUUGAAACUGCAUUGCCUUCCCUAAAGUGGCUCCCUAUUUCACUUGGAAUAAAAGCCAGUCCUAAGAAUGGCUGAGGAUGUCCUAUAUCACUCUGCUGAAGGCACAUUGAUCUCAUUUCUCCUCAAACAUCUAAGGUACUCUUGCCUCAGGGCCUUUGUACAUGCUAUCCAUUGCCUGGAAUCACUUGCCUCAGGCACCCAAAAGGACUCACUCUCUUAGCCACUUCAGGUUUGGGCUCAGAUAACACUUAGAAAGGUCUACCCUGAAAAAUCUUAUUUAAAAUUGCCAACUCACUCUUACCCUUACUCUGCUCAAUCACUUUCCCAUAGCAUUUUUCACCUCCUGACAUGCUGUUACUUAUUUAAUAGUCUCUUCCUCCUUCAGUGACAAUGUAAGCUCCAUGAUGGAAGGGAUUUUUUUAGUUGUUCAUUCACUGAUGCAUCUUCAACACCUAAAACAAAGCCCAGUGUAUAGACAAAACUCAAUA